AUGGUGGUGGUGGUCGGAGGGGCGGGAACGGUGAUGGCGGCGGUGGUGAUGCUUUUGUUCCCGGCGACGGGAAAAGGGACCUUCGGUCCUUGGUUUCCUCUGGUCGAAAAGGCAAAUCACGAACGAAGCAGUGACAGGGAAGGCUCGGUGGUGGAAGACCCGUUGAGAAGAAGAGCACCUCUGGUUCCUUAUUGGAAGGUGCGAAGGUGGGGAAUCAAAAGGGGGCUUCCAGUCUCCGAUUUUUGUUCCGGGGAAACUCCCACUUCGGUCGUUUUGAUCUCGCUGGUUGAAAGAGAAAGGAUGUUUGGGUUGUUUCUUGUGUUCACAGGGGUGUUUGUGGGAUUGGCACUCGACAGAAGUAGUAUGAGGAGGAGGAGUAUCAUGGUGGCCGGCAGCCUCUUCUUUUGGCCGGUGGUGAACAGGGGGAAGGAAGGAGGGCAACAUUGUAGCCAUCGAACAAGAGGGGGUGUAUUGGUUGCUCCAAUCGAAAGGAAAGUGGGUAGAAGAGAGGUUGUCGCCUCCUUGUUUUCACUGGGAAUCAACACACCUCGGUGUGUUUCUGAACAGCCAAUGUGA